GCGGCGCGCAGGGCACCCAGCCACGCCUUGUUUCUGCAGGGCGAGAUGAAGGAGGGCCAGCAGCUCAGCAUCCAGUCCCCGGACCCCGACUUCGCGCAGCUCCUCACCUCCUGCGCCAGGGAGCUGGGUGCCGCCCUCCUCGGCGAGGAGGACACUGGCACGGAGUACGCUCUGGAUACUGUAUGGACGGUGCACCAGAUGGCGGGGGACUACAACCCAGUCCACUUCCACAACAAUGCCAGGUCCAACUUCGGCUUCUCCUCCUUCCUGCACUUGCAGCUGCCAGAUCAGGUGGGCAGGCAAGCGCCGGGCGCCUGCAGAUCAGAGGAUGGUGGCACCAGCUUCAUUUGGAAAACCGAUUCCCCGGCGGCCCGCGGACGCCUGGAGUGCCCCGGGGUGCUGAGUGUGGAGAUGCAG